AUGCCUACCGUUUCUGUUAAUAAAAAACAAUUGUUUGACUUAUUGGGCAAACAAUAUGGCAACGAAGAAUUCGAUGAACUAUGUUUCGAAUUCGGUAUUGAAUUAGAUGAAGACACCACUGAAGAAGCCUUAAAGAACAACGAAGAACCAGAAUUGAAGAUUGAAAUUGGUGCUAAUCGUUACGAUCUAUUAUGUAUCGAAGGUAUUGCCCAAUCUUUGAAUGAAUAUUUAGGUAGAGCUGAAACACCAAAAUAUAAGUUGACCAAACCAACUACAAAAUUAUACAUUGAACAAUCUAGUGAACAAAUUAGACCAUAUGCUGCAGCUGCAAUCUUAAGAAACAUUACUUUCACCGAAAAGUCUUACGCAUCGUUCAUUGCCUUGCAAGAUAAAUUACAUUCCAAUUUAUGUAGAAAUAGAUCUCUGGUUGCCAUCGGUACACAUGACUACGAUACUAUGGAAGGACCAGUUUACUACCGUGCUUUGCCGCCAAAGGACAUUCAUUUCAUUCCAUUGAACCAAACUAAGGAAUUCAAUGGUGCUGAAUUAAUAGAAUUUUAUAAACAACCAGAACAAAAGAAUAACUUAGGUCGUUUCGUCCCAUUGAUUGAAAAUUCUCCAGUAUUCCCAAUAAUGAUGGAUAAAAAUGAUGUUGUGUGUUCUUUACCACCUUUAAUUAAUUCAGAACAUACUAAGAUCACUCUUGAUACCCGUAAUGUCUUUAUUGAUAUUACUGCUAUUGACAAGACUAAAGCUGAUAUCGUGUUGAAUCAAUUAGUCGCCAUGUUCUCACGUUACUGUGAUGAACCAUUCACAGUGGAAGCUGUUGAAGUGGUUUCUGAACAUAAUAACCAAUCCCGUAUCGUUCCAGAUUUUACUGAAAGGAAAAUGGAAACCUCCGUUACUUAUAUCAAUUCUGCCUUAGGUUUAGAACAAACUCCCGAACAAAUUGUAGCAUGUCUAAAAAGAAUGUCUCUAGAUGCUGUUAAGUCUAAUAAAAGUGAUGAUAUCCUUGAGGUCACUAUUCCAAUCACAAGAACAGAUGUUUUACAUCCAUGUGAUAUAAUGGAAGAUGCUGCUGUCGGUUACGGUUUCAAUAACCUGCCAAAGGGUGAAAAAUUAUCGAAUGCCAACUUUAUCGCAUCUGCAUUGCCAAUCAAUAAGAUCUCUGAUAUUUUCAGAGUUGCUUCAUCCCAAGCAUCAUGGGUGGAAGUGCUACCAUUGACUUUAUGUUCUCAUGAUGAAAAUUUCAAGUUCUUAAGAAUGAAAGAUGAUAACACCAAGGUGGUUAAGCUAGCAAAUCCAAAGACUUUAGAAUAUCAAGUUGUCAGGACUACUUUGUUGCCUGGUAUCUUGAAGACUGUUAAAGAAAAUAGAAAACAUUCAUUACCAAUCAAAGUGUUUGAAACAGGUGAUGUUGUUUUCAAGAAUAACUCUUUAGAAAGAAAAGCUUAUAAUGAACGUCAUUGGGGUGCUAUUUAUGUUGGUAAGAACUCAGGUUUCGAAAUUAUUCAAGGUUUAUUAGGUAAAAUUAUGCAAACUUUCAGAACUGAAUGGAUUGCUGAUUACGGUGCCGGCUCUACUGGUAGAGGCUAUUGGAUAGAACAAGAUGAUUCUUUAUCUACAUACUUCCCAGGCAGAGGUGCUAGAGUUAUGUUUAGAAGUAAAGAAGGUGAAAAUGCGAAAGUAGUUGGUAACUUGGGUGUCUUACAUCCUGAGGUAAUGAAUAACUUUGAUGUUCCAUUUGCUGCAUCAUUUGUUGAAUUAAACGCCGAAGUCUUCUUGUAA